AUGUCGCAGAAGAAGAUAUUCCUGUUCUUCGUCGCCAUCAGCACUGUCAGUCUUCUGCUGCACCAUGGGGGCCACUUGAGCUGGACCAUGGAGGCCUUCCACCUCGGUUGUCCUGCUCUCCGCUCACACCCUUCCCCUGGCCUGAAACCUAAGCACACCAAUGUGGCCUUCCUCAAGACCCACAAAACGGCCAGCACCACCAUGCAGAACCUGCUUUUCCGCUUCGCAGAGCGCAACAACCUCACGGUGGCGUUGCCUGUGCAGACCUGCAGCCAUCAGUUCUGCUACCCACGCACCUUCACCUCUCACUUUGUCCACCCACACACGCUACCCCCGAACAUCAUCACCAGCCACAUGCGCUUCAACAAGGCAGAACUUCAGCGUCUGAUGCCCAACGACACAAUAUAUAUCACAAUCCUGAGAGAGCCCGGCUCCAUGUUUGAGUCUUUGUUCAGUUACUACAACCAGUACUGUCAGAGCUUCAAGAGGGUCCCCAAUGGCUCGCUUGAGGCUUUCUUAGAGGAACCCUGGCGCUACUACCGACCAGAUGAAAAGGACUCCAUGUAUGCACGCAACACCUUGACGUUUGACUUGGGUGGAGACAAGGAUCGCCCAGCAACAGAUGUGGCAUAUGCACGGGCUUUUCUGGCAGAGGUGGAGCGAGUUUUCUCCCUAGUGAUGAUUGCUGAGUAUUUUGAUGAGUCGCUGGUCCUCCUUCGCCAUCUCCUCUCCUGGGAUCUGGAUGACAUUCUGUAUGUUAAACUCAACAUGCGUACGCCAAGCUCAAAGCGGAGUCUGACACCAGGACUUCCUACUAAGAUCCGUGCUUGGAAUUCUGUAGAUGCACGUCUCUACGAUCACUUUAAUGCCUCACUGUGGCGCCAGCUGUCAGCUCUGGGGCCAGCCUGUGUGGCAAGGGAGGUGCGACUCCUUCGGCGAGCCCAGGAGAGGCUAAUGAGAAGCUGCUUCGGUGGGCGGAUGCCACUUCUCCGCUCAGCUGCACAGAUCAAAAACAAGGAUCUCCGCCCCUGGCAGCCUAGUGGAAAAGUCGACAUUGUGGGUUAUGACCUCCCAGUAAAUCUCAGCCGUGGGUUUUCGAGCCAGGCCCAGGAGCUCUGCCUCAAGCUCAUCAUGCCAGAGGUCCAGUACACACGGGUGCUCUUACGUUCCCAAUCACUGCGCUACCGUCGAGGCUACCAGCUCCGGCCUCCACAGCAGUCACAUCCUGUCCAGCAGCCAAUACGCGCAGUCCUGCCUCGGCAUCUGCAAGUUCAACGCAGCCAACCGCCCCCAGCAGCCCCUGGCCCUGCAUCAGGAACAGGGUCCACCUCCACCUCAAAGCCUGCUGCAGGAACUCAAGGUCGGACCACAAAGUUAGGCCCUAAAUCCUCACAGACCCAGGCCUCAUAGACUGAAAAAUAGAAACUUGAAUAGAAACUGAGUGCCCAACAGACUGCAUUGUUCUACCCAUCCUGACCUUUGAGACAAUGGUGCUUGGUUGGUGGGGGGCGUGGAAAGAGAGGAUGCUCCUGAGAAAAUGUCUGCGUUGUUCUUGAAUCAAUUUCUCUACUGUCCCAGAGUUUGUGACAAAAUAAAUGAGGAAAAAGGGGGGUUAGACAUAUUUGGACUUGAUCUUGAAUCUCUCCCCUCUCUGGUCAGUGAAAGAGUAUCAGGGCUGGCAAACACAAGGUUGGGAGAAGUCUACAGUAGGACUCGACUCAAUUGCACACCUCUGCACGCCCGGCCACAGUGGAUGGGUGAAAGUGGUUCUUUGAAGCAAAUCUGUUAUGUGCGACCAGGACUCAAUAGGGAAGUGCCGAUAUUGGGCCUAUUGUGAGGCACAGAGUAGGCAUUGUGUGUAUCACACUGGUUAAGUGUCAUGUUACUUGCUUUCAUUCUCGGUUUCUCAAGCUCUGUUUCACCUUCUCUCCCUAACAUAUCCCAUUUAAAGUCCUUAAGAGAGACAUAAUGACAUAAAGGGAUCAGCUGUCAGGCUUCCAAAGAGCCUGCUAAUAAGAGGCCAGACAGACAUUGAGAUCACAUCCAGCCAUUAAUACAACAGCACAAUAAACAACUCUUCUUUUCUUCUUCUUCUCUAAACUGCAGACCCUAAAGCGAUGCGGAUCUUAUCCAGAGGAUAACUUAAAGACUGCUGGGUACUUAAUGUGGCCACCCAUUAUCGCUUUGACUCACAUACAGAUUGAACGCACACAUAAAGCAUGUCCCUUCAGCCUUGGACCUCCAGCUGAGAUCACAUCUUGCAUCGUAGAGACUUUGCAUUGAAGGCAAGGUUUCUGGAUGAGGGGUUUUAUUUAAAUCUUAGCCGUUAUUGCAAUAAGAUCUCCAGACCUACGUUCUAUAUGAAAGGCAUGGAUUUAAUAACAUACCAGCAACCCCAUGCCGCACACAUUGGCACAAACAAAAAUGUAAAACAACUUGACAUCACAAAGACCUGAAGCCUGUGGGUUGGAGUGUUUGAAUAUUUUAUCAUAUCCUCUAAACGCCCUCCUAUGGCUCAUGUUCUUGGGUUACACGGACCUACAUUUCCAUUUAUGAAGGACCAGGCAAAAGCUGCUUAUUCUGAACCCGGAAGCACAGUAGGGCAAAGCGAGCGCAUCAGGCUGGUGAGCCAGCUGGGUUGGCCGGGAUCUUAAAAUGUCAUCACUUAUCUCAGCUGUGAUCCCUUUUUAAUGCAUUCUGCUCAUAUUUAAUGUGUCAUUUAUGUUCUUAUGUUUAUUCCACCAGUGAUCAGCAGGAUCCUUCUAAGUAACUGGGGGGCGGAGUGUCUGUGUAUAUUUGUGUGAGUGUGUGAGCCAGGAAGUGGUUCUCUGCUUCAUGUUGUAUUUUUUUCCGUGGCCAGCCAAGUUGGCAUGGCAACAGGAUGUAAUGUGUGUGAGAUUCAUUAAAACGGUGUAUUAUUUAUUAUCCGGACUUGAAAGAGUCCCAUUACUGUAUUUUUAACUAGUAUUUUUCAUGAAGCACUGGAUAAAAACUGUUCUUUGCCAUCGAGUUAGUCGACCCUCUUGUGUUCAGCGUAACACUUCAGGCAACAGAGAUGGAACAAGGCAUGUGGCAAUGAUAUAAAAAAUUGAUUUUAUACAUGUUUUACAUAAUGCAAAACUACAAAGACCACUUCUGAAAAACGCACAUUGAAACAAGUGUAGGCGCUUUAAAAUUAAUCUUUAGUUCAGCAGUGCUUAAGUGCUCCGCCACACAAUGCUUUUGUGGUUGGAGUCUGCCGCACUGUAGGUUACAAUAAUGAAAAACACACAAACCGCUGCUGCUCAGACAGGAAUAAAAAGUGGAGCUGGUGGAAAACAGACCUCAGCAGAUGAUAAACAGUUUCAUGAAGUGGUUGUGAAUAUUUGAAUUCAAAGUGUGCUUAUCUGAAUUUACCGGGGAACCUCAGCUUUGAAAGCACGAGUUGCACAGCAGUUUUUAUUUAUUUACAGGUAUUUGUGUUGAACCAUGUGUUCAGAUAUGUGGAAUAUUUCUUCAAGCUCCAUAAACACUGUUUCCAUAAAGGAUAAAGCUGCUGCUGUUCUAUAUUUUUCAAAGAUCCAAAUAUGACUUUUUUUUCUAGGACAAUAGAAGUCUAUGACACAAUGGAAGAAGCUGCAAAAGGCUCUCCCUACACAUCCAAUAUGUGUUUGUAGGAUCCAUUUAUUUUUGGCUUUGGUCUUUUCAUGGAAAAAUGUAGAAGAUCACCAGCCUUAUCCUUAGAAUCAGUUUGUUGAUGAUGCUGAUCUUCAACUAUAUUUUAAUUAGUUUGAAAUCAGCUGCUACAUGUAAAAUAAAGCAUUUUGUCUUUGAAUGAAACUCCUGAAUUGCUUUAACCUGCUGUAAAAUAACAAGAAAACACUGAAUGUAUGUGUUUGUCUGUCACU